ACAAACUUCAACAUCAAAAACUCAUAUAAAUUUAUAUAAUAAUUAAUAAACAAAAUCAUCAUGUCAAUUGCACCACCAAUGAAACCUCCUAGAGGAAUAAAAACUGCAAAAGAAACAAGUGGUUUAUUAAUAUCUGUCAUAAGAACUUUAUCAGCAAGUGAAACAAAUGAACAACGAGAAAUUGAAAAAGCUAAACUUGAAAAAGAGUAUAAAAAAAGUGAUCAAAGAUUGGAUGAAUUGGUGUCAUUGCAUUAUCAAGAUUUGACACAAGUUAUGAAUAUAUUUAGUUAUUUGUCAGAACGUGUAACAGUAUCGCGAGAAAAAAUUCAUGCUGUAAAAGAAAAUUUAAAUGCUUGUAAACAAUUGUUAAGUUGUAGACGUGAAGAGCUAAUGAAACUUUGGCUUGAAGGAAUUGAACAUAAACAUGUACUCUAUUUAUUAAAUGAAAUUGAUCGUCUUAAGAAUAUACCAUCACAAUUAAAUUACUAUUUGAAUAAGAAGCUAUAUCUUCAUGCAACUCAAUUAAUUGUAUCAGCUCAAUCAAUUGGCAAUGGUAGCCUUGAAGAAGUUGAAGCACUUCGUGAAGUUAAAAAUGAACUAGAUACUCAUAAACAACAGCUACAAAAUAAAUUAUUCAAUGAAUUAAAUAAACAUUUAUAUAUCGAAACAUCAAAUGAAGUAUUUCAGCUAAAAAAACAAGGUUCAUCUAGAGAUUUUCAACGUAGUAAUGAAACACGUGGAUCAAGAGAUAAUAAAUUAAAACGUUCAGCACUACUUGAUGUUAAUUACUCAUCAAAAGCUUUAAAUGACAAUGCUAUUAUGAAGAAAAAUUUGACAAAUAUGAUCAUUGAAGAAGAUGAAAAGUUGAUAAAUCCAGAAGAAAAUUCAGAAUAUUUUAUUUCAAUUGUCAUUGAGUGUCUUGCUCUGCUAAACAACAUACCAGAAACAGUUGAAAAAAUAAAAAAUCAAAUGGAAAAUGAGCUAUUUAAUAUAAUUGAUAAAACAACUGAUAAAAUAUUAAAUGAAAAAAUAAAUAAACAUGAAAAUACAAAAGAACAAACAAUACUUAUUGAAUUUUUUGAUAAAAUAUUUGAUCAAUUUCGUCUUAUUGCAAAUGCUCAUAAUAUUGCUCUAAAAUAUUUAUCAAAUACAUGUAAAAAAUAUAAUAUUAAUAUAAAUUUAUAUGAAAUAAUUGAUGUAUGGAAUAAAAUACAAUUUGUAUUACAAAAUUUAAUAAGUAAUUAUCUUGAUAUACAAGAUAUCAUUGAUAGACCAUAUGAAAUAUCAACAAACUUGGAUAAUCCAACAAUAGAUAUUAAUGGAUUUUUUACAAAACGUAAACAACAACGUCAAAAAAAUGGUUUAUUAUUUAAAUUUGAAUCAUCAACACAUAGCUAUUCAAAAGAUCAAAGAAAUAACAUAAAAGAUUAUGAAAAAAAAUUAAUAUAUGAAGCAAAUCCAAAAAAUAUAACAAUUAUAUUUAGACCAAUAAUGAAAUUUGUCAAUGAAAUUGAAUGUCAAAUAAAUAUAAAAUGUACAUUAAAUACAUUUAUUAGUGAUUAUGUUAAAGAAGUAUUUUUAGGACGUCAUCAUGUUAUGGUUGCAACAAAAAUUGAUACAAUAACUAAAAGUCCAGAUGCAUGGAAAACAAUAACAACACAAGAAACAAUGAAAGAACUUAAUUUAUCAAGACCACUGCUACAAAGUACAAUUAAAGUUGAUAAUUUAGUUGGUGAAUUACGUUUAUUAAUGAUUUAUUUACCAUUACAUUCAGAACAUUUUUGUACACUUGCAUUAAAUAUAUUACAUAAUUAUCGUGAAACUUGUCAUGCUGAAUAUCGUAAAAUAAUACAAACAGAAAGUCAAGAUAAAAAAAUAUGUUCAGCAGCAUGGUUAAAAGAUGAUGAUAUUAGUAGAUUUAUAAAAUCAUUACCAAAUUGGAAUAAUAUGAAAAAUCAUACAUAUGGAAAAAAUAAUAAUAGUAAUAAAUGGUCAAGACAAGAAACACAAGAUGAAGAAAGUCCAGAAGAAAUAAGACAACGUAAUUUACGUGAAGCUGAAAUUUUAGCAAGUACACUUGGUGAAGGUGGAAUUAAUUCAAAUGAAAUAUUAUCUGAUGUUGGUAAACUUCGUUGUUUAGCAUUACUACAAGAAAGUAUUGAAUGGUUUUCAUUAUCAAUAAUAACAUUUACAACUGAAUUAAAUAAUGUUAAAUUAAAUAGUAAUAAUGAUACAUUACCAAAUGUAUCAGAAUCAUUGAUUGAAUCAUUAGAACAAGUUGCUAUUGAAUUUGAAGAAUUAUCAAAUACAUGUAUAUUAGUAUUACAUCUUGAAGUUAGAGUACAAUGUUUUUAUUAUUUAUUACCACGUGGUGAAUAUAGUCAUAUUUGUGGUGGUAUUAAAGAUCCACAAGAAGCUGAUCCAAGAGUUGAAGAAUUAAGUAAAAUAUUACAAACAAUUGAUGAAGCAUUACAAUGUACAAUGCAUCCUAAAAAAAGUAAAUAUAUAUUUGAAGGUCUUGGUCAUUUAAUUGCUAAAAUAUUAAUAACAUCUGCUCAGUAUAUUGAAAAAAUUGAUAAAAGUGGAAUACAAAGAAUGUGUAGAAAUGUAUUUACAUUACAACAAACAUUAACAAAUAUAACAAUGGCUAGAGAAUUAGCAUUAGAUUAUGCUAGACAAUAUUUUGAAUUAUUUUAUAAUACACCAGAUGAUAUUUUAAAUAAUAUACUUGAAAAUGGACCACAAUUUUCAGAGCUUGAAUAUAUUAAUGCUUUUCAAUUAAUUUCAAGAAGUCAACAACAAUAUUCAUCGAUAAAUAAACAUUUAGAAAAACUAUCUGAAAUUUUAGGUGAAGUUGGUGUUACUGUAUAAAUUUAAAAUAUUAUUUUUCAUUUAUUAUUAUUAUAUACCGAAGAUAAAUUAGAUAAUAAUAUUUUUUUGAUUUUGUUAAGUAUUUAAGUUGUACUCAAUGUUGACACAAUAUUUGAUGUGAGAUAUUAUUUAAAAUUAAACUUGAUUAAUAUAUAAA